UUACUUGAAUAUACAGGUGAGACAUUUCAGUCCUUCAUCAUGAUCAUAUAAAGUUAUGUUCUAUUCAUCGUAUACAUAAUUUUUUUCUAAAAGGCUUCUAACAGCUACCAACAGUUUCAAUCUCUAAGACUAUAACCCUCCAAUUAUGAGGACUGAAUUUUUUUUCCUAAUUUAAGUAUUAUUAUAUGUCGUAAUUUAUCACAUUAUAAAUAUUAGACAUCAUUUUAUUUGUUCCGUUAGAACCAACUUAUAAUUCUUGUUCAACACUUGUUAUAUUAUCCACUCUUCUUUCAGUCUUCUCAAGUAUCUGCUGAGCCAACUGCAAAUAGUUCCUUCAACAAAGCAGAGGAUAGAAUUGGAGAUUUUGAUGAAUUUUCUGGCAUGAUACGCAAUGCCCUACCAGCAUAUGAGUCUAAGGUAGAUGCCAUUUCUUGAAUGUGUUGAAAAUUCUUAUAUAGGUCCUCGGUACAUUUUGUGAUCACGAAAUCUCCAGAGCAAGUCAAGCUUUUGAAGCAAAAGACUCAGCUCCUCCAGUUGCCGUUUAUGCUCUGAGGUCACUUGAAUUUGAGAUCUCAAAGAUCUAUAUAGCCAGGCUUUGUUCAUGGAUGCGGACUUCAAUAGAAGAUAUUUCAAAAGAUGAUACUUGGCUUCCUGUGUCGGUUUUAAAGUCCCCCUGGUCGCUGCCUCUGGUAUUUCGUGCAAUAAUGAUCUCAGCAAUGGAUCAAAUCAACACGAUGCUUCAUUCUUUUCAAAGUGAAUCAGCAAAAUCAGAAGAUGUUUCUGCACAACUUCAAGAAAUCCAAGAAUCAAUCAGGAUUUCGUUUUUGAACUGUUAUAUGGAUUUUGCUGGUGGUCAUAAAUUUUUCAAAGGGUUGUAUCACAUGGUUGGUGGAGGUAGUGAGGACACGCAUUCUGAAGAGAACCUCAUUUCAAAAAAAAUUUGUGACUCGAAAUGCCGUGCGCACGACCAUGGAAAUCCCCAGAAAACUCCAACCAUUCAUGGAGUCUCCAAAAGCGGGGACUACUAGAUCAUCAAUCUUUUUGAGGCAAAAGGAGAAGGCUGUUGACAAUGGAAUUCGUCUUCGUGUGGGAAGAAGGAAGAACAAAUCAUAUUUCGCCAUUGCAAAAUCAUGGAGAAAAGCGCGUCGUGAAUUGCCGAUUGUACCCCAUUCGCAAUUGAGUACUUAUGACACAGGAAAGGUGAAUUAUUUUGAUGUGGGCGUUACACAUCCCAGUGGAGGGCCUAGCACGCCCGAAGAAGAUAACUCGACGCCAGAAAAAAGAAGGUUGCGAAGGAAGAAAAUUAAAUAGUGUCAGCAGGCGAAGAAGAUUUCGAUAUUAAAAAGAGGAAUGAUUGAGUUUUUUGGAGAUAUUAUUAUGGGAGGUAAAUCAAGUGAUUGGAUCCGUGAAGUCUACGACGACAUAAUCGCCCGAGAAGGCCAGCGUGAUGCGGAUCCAAUCCUACAUAGUCUUCUCCAAUUACUCUGUUAGGCUGAAAAGAUGGGGAACAUCGAUCGAGAACGUAUAUGUCAUUUAUACAGAAGAUUCCUUGGCAGGUUUUCGCGCAGAGUUUCUGGGAAAGUUCAAUUCGCCUGUCGGUCAUUUAUCAUUGCCUUGUUAGAGGUGAUCGACUUAAAGCCAUUGGAGAAGCUUUUGAAAAAUAUAUGCAAUCCGCUUCUGAAAAGCAACCGAAUCGAAGAAAGAGACAUUGAGAACAAGAGGAGUGAAGAUGUUUCCGGAGGUGAUCAAGUGAAGAUACAUCAAGAGGAGAUCAAGAACAGAAAAAAGAAGUUUGAUUAUGAUGGUGGAGAUUAUGUUUUUCUUGAGAAGAACAAGAGGAGUGAAGGUGUUUCCGGAGGUGAUCAAGUUUAUCGAAGGUUACUGCCGGAACGGUAUAGGCCGUAUAUUACGAAAAUAAACGAUGUCAAAGCUGAUGGACAUUGCGGCUAUCGCGUCAUUGCUGAUUACGUUUAUAAUUCUCAAGAUGAAUGGUCGCGGGUGAGACGUGAGUUACUAGAAGAGUUAAAAGAUAAUCCACACCCGUAUCUACAUGAAUGUGGGGAAGCAUAUUAUUUGAAAGUUAUCGACUGCAUUAAUUGCUUCGAAACGCCUACAAUAGAGCACCAUUGGUUCGAUGUCUUAGAUGUCGCCAUACUAGUCGCUACGAGGUACAAUGUAGCCCUUGCGUCGUUGAGCUAUUCCCCCAAUGGUUCCUUCGAAACGUCACAGACUAUGUUGCCACUUGGGAGAUACCCAGAUCGUAUCAUUUGCAUGGGUCUUAUCCGCUCCAAUCAUUUUGUACAGAGCUAG